AUGGUUGAAGCUACAAUAUCAGCGAAAGGGCAAUCUGAAAAGAUCCAAUACACUAUAGAUCCUAGCAUACCAAGUCUGAUCAUAGUCAUGCUUAAAUCACAAGUUGGUGGAGGUUUUUGGCUGGGGGCUCCAACUGAGUUUUGCAGAGCUUUUAUGUCAAAACAUAAAAUUGUGAUGACAUUGGUGGAUCAAAAAAAACAAAAAUUACUUAUGCCUUGUUGUGCGAUGUUUAAAUUAGGCGAUGCCAGUAAGAAUUUGAAGCGGGAGAGAAAACCUGUUGCAAAGCGCCAACGUGUAGGCGAUGCUGGUAAGAAUCUGAAGACGGAGGAAAAACCUGCAGCAAAACGCCAAAGGCGUGCUCCUUUAGCUGUUAUUCGGGAUGAAAAUGGAAAUCAGCAGCAACCUGAUGACAAUGGUGAUGUGGUAAAUUCAGUGGUUGGAGAUUUUGAGAGUUUCACGAAAAUCGUUAAGGAUUUGGUUGGAGAUUCUAAAUUGCCGGAAGAUGUAUUGGAGAAAUAUUACAAUCUAUGCUGCACCCAUAACUCAUUCCUUCAUGCAAAUAUUUGUCCCGGCCACAAUGGUCAAUUAGUUGCGGGUAUGAUUAUCGAGACUGUGGAAAUUGUUCAUGGCAUCAGGUCUUGCAAACUUCACGACACUUUCAACGGUGAGGUGGAACGGUUUUUGGUGAAUACUUGGAUUGCACGACAAUGUGGGACUAAUAGUUAG